GAAAGCCUUUUAAACAUGAAUAGUAUCUGUGGCACAGAUAAGACGUGGCACAAAUAAGACACAUUGUGGUUAGUCUAUUGUAAAGACUCAAUGACAGUAUGCAAAUGAAAACACUGCCAGAAGAGGACACUAAAAUCUUUGGAUGGUUACCAGACCAAAAAUGUAGAAUUUCAGUGGUUUGCUUUAAUCUAAUUAAGUGAGAAGUAAAAAGACAGUUAGUGACAAUUAGUGGUGUAUCAAGUUGCCUAUUAGCUGACCAGACACCCAUACUUUCACAAACUGGAUUAUAAGAAUUAGGAACAUUUGAUUGGAUCAAGGUUCUAACACUAUAUAGACUGGAUAGUUUGACAGUUCUUCAGUCUUGGAGAUUCUAUUCAUAAGUUCAGUGUAUUAAGUGACAGAAAGGAACAGUGGGAACCCCAACUGAGUUUGGAAGUUUGAUAAGAGCUACACCAACAGUAGAUGAGCAUUUGUGAUUGUUGAAUCAAAUGACAGCUGAGUAACCAAAGAAGCAAACAACAUUCAGAUAUGAGAAUUCAGUGGACAAUGGUGGACAGAGGAUCAUAGUGUGUGUGUGUUUGGGCACAUAGUAUCUCACUGAAUCUAUAAAAAUCAGAAUAUAUCUCAUCACAAAACAUCAUAUGGUGAACAAAAAUUGUUCUUGUGUAUCACAUAACAAAAGACUUUAGAGAAGACAUCCAUCAUCAACAUUUUUCAAAAGCAGGAAGUUCAAUUAUAUCUGGAGAAUUUAGAUACAUAUGAUGUCAUUUCACAAAACUAAAAGCAGAAGAGGAUGAAUUUAUGAAAUAUAUAUCCUGAUAGAUUUCACCUGAUUUCAACAUGGAUUUAUCAUGCUUGUUUGUCAACUUCUAUGGAUAUAAACUUCAGAGGAGUUGCUGUAAUGGAAAAUAUAGUUGUGGGAUGAGAGCAUAUAAAGUUGAGAAGUCACUCCAGCAUUCCAAGACUCCUGGCUUGAAGCGUCUUCUGGUGGAGGACAACAUCAACAUAGACCAUGCCGUAGAGGAAAUACUUCUCAUUAAGUCUGUCAGUCCAGAGGUUUACCCUCAAUUUGGACAUGCUUUGAAGACAUGUCUGUGCCAAAUAUGUGGAUACCGCCAACUUAUCCAGCAGCUUGAGAUAAUCAGAAAGACAAAGUAUUCAUCAGAAAAUCACCAGCAUGAAGCUAUGAUAAUGCAGCUGUGGGAAACAUUAAUGCCAAAUGAACCCUUAGAGUCAAGAAUCUCAAAACAAUGGCAGGAAAUUGGUUUCCAAGGAGAUGACCCCAAAACAGAUUUCAGAGGCAUGGGACUCCUUGGACUACAGAACUUGGUAUUUUUUGUGACACAGUUCACAGAUACAGCACGCCAAGUCUUCUCUCACUCUCUUCAUCCACAGAUGGGGUAUUCAUUUGCAAUAGUUGGAAUCAAUCUGUCACACAUGACGUACCAGUUGAUGCAAUCUGGGGCCUUGAAGACUCAUUUCUACAACCUUGUCCUAGGAAAGCCAAGAAUUGAACAUUUCCACCAAGUAUACUGUUAUUUAUUUUUUGAGUUUGAUAAAUUCUGGUUUUCGGAAAAACCAAGAGACAUUAUGGAGUUCAACAGAAUUAAGGAAAAGUUCCAGCGUAAAAUUUUGACACAACUGAAAAACAAAUCAACAACUUUGCACAGUGGCUUUGUGCAGGAAAGCAGUGUGUGACAGAAUGUUAACAGUUGACGGUGACAGAGACACUCAGUUAACUGUGGAACACCUUGUUGACUGUAAUACAGUGUAAAUAUGUAAAUAGUGGAGGUCCGUAAAAUUUAGGAAACAGGCAGGAAACAAGCAAUGACAUUUAAAAUUGAAACAAUUGGUUAGACUGAGCAUAAUUGAAUUAUUAAUUGUGUUUCUUGAUCAAUAAAUGAAUCACUAUAAAGUAUGUGAUCUUAUUGAUUCACAAUGUUUCAGUUGCUCACCUUAUAACACGUAUGUGAUAUAUAUAAGUGAUUUUAAAUGGAUCAUUAAGACAAGUUCAUUCAACCAUACAGGAUGUCUGACUGGAGCUGGCAUUUUACAAUGUUUUAAGUCUGCACUUAUCAUGUUCAAAUUGUCCUACACCUUUAUGUAUUGGGACUAGAAAGGCAGUUUGAAAAUGUUUUAAGAAGCACUGUUAGAGAGUUCGUUGCUAUGGCAAUGUGACAUCAGAUUACCCAGGCAACGUUUCAUGAUACUGAUGUUAUACUGUAUUGUUUGAAUGAUGCUUUUUAGCUCACAUGGAUGAGCUAUUGUAAUCUCCCACUUGUACUUGUCUGUUUGUCCGUCAGUCUGCCUGUUCAUCCAUCCGUCUGUCUGUCAACGAUUGGUAGCUUAUUCGAAAUACUCCAUGAAAAUUGAAAUGGUUUCACUUUUAUAAAAUGUGUCAUCUUUUGGUCAAUACUCCAGAAGUUAUCCAUCAAUUUGCUUGAAAGUUCACAGGCAUGUGUACCUACAUCCUUGCAGCAAGGGUUAUAUGUAGGUUGUCAGUAAUGUCUGCAUAGGUUUUGGCAAAAUAUGUCACAUAGAAUCAAAAUGGCCACUAUUUUUAUUGCACAAAAAUCAAAGUAUUUUAUUAAUUUGCUUGUAUAUUCAGCUAAGGGUAUAGGUUAACAAUAGUAUCCGGAAGCUUUAACAGAACAGCCAUGAACACUGGCCACCACAUCUUUCAUGUUGCUUGUAUCACUACAUGAAAAUCUAUGAUGUAAAUUUUGAACAUGAUGAGUGCAGUAUUAAUGAACAAGCGGCAGUCCUGUUACUUUUGGGACACCUUGCAGACUUGAUUUGUUAAGUCAGAACCUAAAAC